UUUAUUUGUUGUUUUUGUGGAAAUCGUACGUCUAAAGUGUAACUAUGGCCAUCAUGCCUCCCACUCCGGACUACAGUGUGGACCUAGACCUGGGCGAGCCUCCACCGGAGCUGAUGGAGUACGCUCAUCAGCACCUUGGCGAGAAUCCCAACACCAAGCUCCAGGCUAUAUAUGAACUGAGGGAAAUGAUUUAUGAACGAGGUGAAUGCACCCCUCAUCGCAUGGAUGACGAGUUCUUGAUUAAAUUCCUGCGCGCGCGCAAGUUUAUUCCGAGGCGGGCCCAUAGAUUGAUUGUUAACUACUAUCAAUUCAAAGAAGACAAUCCAGAGUUAUUCGAGAAUGUCUUUCCACUUGACUUGAGGAAAAUUGGCGAUGCUAGCGUGAUCGCCGUACCUCCUUACAGGGACCAAGGCGGACGCAGACUACUGUUCUAUAGAAUAGGUUGUUGGAAUCCAAAAGAAAUACCCGUAGAAGACUUGUUCAAAGCGACCAUCAUGGCUAUGGAGCUGGGUCUACUGGAACAGAGGUCGCAGAUUUUAGGUGGAGUGGCUGUGUUUGACCUGGAAAAUAUUGGCACCCAGCAUGCGUGGCAGAUCACGCCAUCUGUCGCCUCCAAAAUAGUUAAACUUAUGGUGUCGUGUUUCCCGUUGACAACGCACGCCAUUCACAUCAUCAACCACUCGUGGCUUUUCGACAAGAUCUACAACAUGUUUAAACCCCUGCUGAACGCCAGCAUGCGGUCCAGGAUCUACUUCCAUGGUCAUGACUAUACGUCGUUACACAAACACAUACAUCCAGACCACUUACCGGAAAGAUACGGUGGGAAAUGGCCAGAUUACUCAUACACCAUUUGGCUAAAUUCUCUAAAGAAGAACUUCAGUGUGGCGAAAGAAGUCAUCAGCUAUGGGUACAAGUUCCGUGAAGAAGAAGUGGACCCUGAGGUAGUGAGGCAGCUGAAAGCAGAAGGGAUUAAGUUAUAUUGAGAUUUAUAAUAGUCAAACAGUCCUUGGACGUUUUUCUAGUGUGUUUAAA